AUGCAGGAAUCACAGAAACAUAUAAUCCCAAAUGUUUCUCACGGAUGUGGAGAACAGCCUGUGGAAGAACCAGAGUCCUACUCUUGGCCUCCUAUCCACGGUGUUGACCACCAAGCAUCCUCUGAUGAGGUUAUACAAGGAACACAGCUUUCAGUUCAACACUUGGCACAGUACUGCACCCAUGAAUCUUCGUCAGGAACCAGUACUUACCACCCUGUUCACAGUUCUCCAUCUAGUAUAGGUUUCUCAGCAAAUGGAAGUCCAACAUCACAUCCAGAUUUGCAGAACUACCAGUCUUGUGGCUCUCCUGUCAACCAGUCGUGCUUAUCAAAUGAUACGGAUGACUUGGGGCACAAAAUGAGGGAACUGGAAAGUGUUUUGCUGGGAAAUGAUUUAGAUGCCUUUGAUAUGUAUGCCAUCACAGAUGAGCUUGGGCCUAACCAGCUUUCUUCAGAAGCAGAGAACCGGGAACAAAUGAUGGAGAUGAUCUCCAGAGGUGACUUGAAAGAGGUCCUUUGUGCUUGUGCGAAGGCAUUGGCAAAUAGUGAUAUGUCAACAACUGAAUUGUUGAUGUCAAACUUACGUCAGAUGGUGUCAGUUUCAGGUGAGCCAAUCCAACGAUUAGGAGCUUACAUUUUGGAAGGUCUUGUUGCAAGGUUGGCUUCUUCAGGAAGUUCUAUCUAUGCAGCCCUAAGAUGCAAAGAGCCUGCCAGUGCGGAACUCCUCUCAUACAUGCACAUACUUUAUGAAAUCUGCCCAUACUUCAAGUUUGGGUAUAUGUCAGCCAAUGGAGCGAUUGCAGAAGCUAUGAAGGAUGAAAGUAGAGUUCAUAUAAUUGAUUUUCAGGUAGCUCAAGGCAGCCAGUGGAUUACUUUAAUCCAGGCUUUAGCUGCUCGGCCUGGAGGACCCCCACAGAUUAGGAUCACGGGCAUUGAUGAUUCCACAUCAUCUUAUGCACGGGGAGGGGGACUUGGUCUUGUGGGACAGAGGUUGUCAAGGCUUGCAGAGUCAUGUAAGGUACCCUUUGAGUUCCAUGCUGCUGGAAUUUCUGCUUCUGAGGUUCAGCUUGAGGACAUUGAGGUUCGACCAGGAGAGGCAAUUGCAGUGAAUUUUGCCUUCAUGCUGCACCACAUGCCGGAUGAGAGUGUGAGUUGUCAAAAUCAUAGGGACCGGCUGUUGAGGCUGGUUAAGAGCUUGUCUCCCAAGGUGGUGACUCUUGUUGAGCAAGAAUCGAACACCAAUACAGCCCCUUUCCUUCCCCGUUUUGCUGAAACAUUGAACUAUUUCAGGGCUAUCUUUGAUUCAAUUGAUGUGGCUCUGCCAAGGGAGCAUAAGGAGCGGAUCAAUGUUGAGCAGCAUUGUCUGGCACGAGAAAUUGUUAACAUUAUAGCUUGUGAAGGGAUGGAAAGGGUAGAACGUUACGAGCUUCUCAGUAAGUGGAAGUCAAGAUUUAUUAUGGCUGGCUUUUCACCUUAUCCACUUAGCUCCUUAGUAAAUGGCACUAUCAAGACUCUACUGCAGAGUUAUUCUGAAAAGUAUACGCUCGAAGAGAGAGAUGGAGCUUUAUAUCUUGGUUGGAUGAAUCAAGUACUGGUUGCCUCUUGUGCAUGGAGAUAA